GAACGCACCGGGAACUGGUCACUCCGACAGGGGCUGUAAACACAAGAAACAAGUCUGGGUGGAACCGAGCGGAAUCGGUACAGACAGUUACGAAACUCCACCGACCUGGACCGGAAACCACCUUUUAAAUUGUACUUUUUUUGCUAAAAGCCAAGUGUUGCUGAAGCCACGUGUAUCUCCUGGCAAGUUUGAGAAAGAAAAGGACAAGAAAGAGGACAAGAAGCCGAGACCUGAGGACUCUUGAUGUAACUGAAGUGCCGACUGAAGAACCAAGCCAACUGGAGGCCACAUCAGUGUCUGCGAUGGCCACACUGAUGGACGGCGAGGUCCACACCUUGACCACGGAGCUGCCGGCCAUGUUUGAUGGCGUGAAGCUAGCAGCGGUGGCCACUGUCCUCUACGUCAUCGUACGCUGUCUCAACCUCAAGAGCCACCCCUCACCGCCUGAGGUGACUAACCAGGACACGCCACUCAUGCGCUACCUGCUCGAGUGCUGCCCUUUGCUGACCAAAGAUUACAUUCCUCCCCUGCUGUGGGGGAAGAGCGGCCACAUCCAGACGGCCCUCUACGGCAAGAUGGGACGCGUCAGCACUCCGUCGCCAAGCGGCGUCCGCAAGUUCCUCCCGAUGCAGGACGGGGCCACAGCGACCUUUGACCUGUUUGAGGCAUUGGGGGACCACAGCACGGGAGGUGACAUCACCAUGGUAAUCUGCCCUGGGAUUGGCAACCAUAGCGAGAAGAACUACAUACGGACCUUUGUGGAUCAUUCCCAGCGGCAAGGCUACAGAUGUGCCGUACUCAACCAUCUGGGAGCUUUGCCCGACAUGAAGCUCACGGCCCCGCGUGUGUUCACCUACGGUUGCACGUGGGAGUUUGCGGCCAUGGUGAAUGCCGUCAAGCAAGCGUUCCCUAACACGCUGCUGGUGGUGGUGGGCUUCAGCCUGGGGGGCAACAUUGUGUGUAAAUUCCUGGGGGAGAACCCAUCCAACCAGGACCGAGUGCUGUGCUGCGUCAGCGUCUGCCAGGGUUACAACGUCCUCAGAGCGCAGGAAACCUUCCUCCAGUGGGACCAGUGGCGAAGACUCUACAACUUUGUACUGGCGGACAACAUGAAGAAGCUUAUCCUGUCACACAGGAACAGCUUGCUCAGCAUGAACUCCUGCAACAUUAGUGACGCUGACAUGAGCAGAUUGUAUGCGGCCACGUCUCUCAUGCAGAUUGACGACAGCAUCAUGAGAAAGUUCCAUGGCUACAGCUCCUUGGAAGAGUACUACCAGCAGGAGAGUUGUGUCCACUACAUGCACAGGGUGACCGUUCCUCUCCUCCUGAUGAACUCCAUAGACGACCCUCUAGUGCAUCCCUCUCUGCUCGCCAUCCCGCGCACGCUGUCAGAGAAGUUGCCCAACGUGAUCUUCGCCCUGACUCAACAUGGCGGCCACUUGGGCUUCUUCGAGGGGGCCGUGCUGUUUCCUCAGCCACUCACGUGGAUGGACAAGGUUAUCGUGGAGUUCGCUGACGCCGUCUGCCACUGGGAGAUGAAGACGUCCGCCUGCCUUGAGAGACGCUUCCAGAAGUUCAGCUCCCAAUGUGCCGAGCUAGCGACCAAACAACCGCAGGCAUGGUCAUCUGUGUCUGCGUUAUUUCAGUGCGAGUGGCCGUACAGUUAGCGUGGUGACAGACCAGCUUUAAAAAAAACAAAAGUAGAACCACUUCACGUUACUUCCUGUGCAUAUGCUGCUUUUUCUUAAACACUCCUUCUUGGGUUUGCUCAUUCUGUUGGUACGUGUAUAUUUUUAAAAAGCCAAAGAAAAGACAAAACACAGGCAGAAUUGGCUCUUUUGAUGCUUGCCGAGUGGUGGUCUGGCGCUGUGUGCUAAAGGAUGAAAUAAAAAUGUCAAGUGGCCUUUAUAUAAUUUAUUGCGAUUGAUGAAUUUUGAUUAUAAUAUGCACUUUAUGCUGUUGUGACAACUGUUUUCAAGCCCUUUGCUAAAUAAUUGUUUGUUGGUUAUGAUCUUCAGAAUAAACUAUGGGAUAGAUUAA